UGUUGACAGCUGUGAGGGAGGGCGGCCAGGGAGGGAGUGUGUGGGUGCUGCUCGUCCCUUAUUUCCUGCUUUUUCCCGCCUUAUUCCUGCAGUUCCUAGAGGGAGAGCCAUGGCCAUGCAAUGAGUGGCGGCUGGCUGUGGUGAUGGUGGUGGUGGUGGCGGCCGAGGAGAGCAGAGCCAGUGAGCCGUGAGGAGCCGUACAGGAGCCGCAGAGAGGAGCGAGAGAGAGGGAGGAAGCUGCCACCACACUGAUGGAAGGGGAAGGGAAGGUGCGAUUUUUGCCUCAGAAGAGCAACUCGCCGACCUGCUGCGCCUUCCAUCCCAAGGACCGGUAUGCCUUUGCGUUCGGCGGCAGCGAGGGUGAGGUCAGCCUGGUGAGUGCCCUGCGUGGCGAGGUGGUCCGCUCAGUGGCCCUGGGAACCCUCAACCUUGCCCGGGCUAUCAACGCACUUGCCUUCUCCCCCGAUGGCACAAAGGCCAUCAGUUCCUCAGUGUCCCGCAAGGUGGUAUUAAUGGACGUGGAGCGCGGGGCGACCCUCCUCGCCUACGACAACUGUGCCAGCCCCCAGGAGUCGCCCCGCCAGCCCCUCGCAACCCACCCCGCCCUGCCCCACCUGGCCGCCUGCCCCGCUGUGAAUGGCCGGGGCAUAACGCUGCUGGACCUGAGGAUGCCACUGCCCCUGGACUUUAUUUAUGAUAUUCACGAGGAUACCAUUCAUGACCUCCUCUUCCUCGACGGGUCAUGGCCUUGGGGGUCAGGCAAAGCGGUGCUGCUCUCAGGGUCGGGCACGGGGGAGGUCAAGGUCACGGGGCUCGAUGGGCGGCCGGUGUGCUCGUUCUCGACCCAUGCACCCGUGACCUUGCUUCACCCGUCACCCGAUAAGUUCAAUACUAAUACGGCGCUUUUGAACGGCUACCCAAGUGUGAUGUUGGUCAGCUCAGGGGAGGGGCUGGUGUGCUGGGGGGUGGGGCGGAAGCCGUGGAAGUGGGAGGCGGAUCGCAUCCACCCGGCGCGCGUCAGUCGGAUGAAGUACACAGAAAGUGGAGGGAUUCUGUACACGGCCCAGGGUCCAUCAGUCCACCGCCACCGUCGCUAUCCGGACCACCAUCAACCGCUGGGCCAGGUGUACUCCCACAGUGCACCCAUCCUGGAUCUGGACCUGUCCCCUCACAACGAAUAUCUCAUCACAGCAUCCCAGGACAGCAGCAUUGGUCUGCUCCACCUGGGGGCCCCCAACCAUGGGUGGACUCAGAGGUGCGAGUUUACCUGAGCGGAUGUGAAGUGGAUGAGGGUUGGGUGUGGGUGGGUGCAUGAAUGGGUGUGAAUGGAUGAGUGAGUGUGGGUGGAUGACAGAAUGAGUGGUUUUGUCUUUUUCUUUUUUAUGUGGAUGAGUAAAUAAGUGAGUGGAUGAGGGACUAGGCAUGGGUGGAUGACAGAAUGAGUGGUUUUGUCUUUCUUUUUUAUGUGGAUGAAUGAAUAAGUGGAUAAGUAUAGGUGGAUGAGGGACUGGGUGUGGGUGGGUGAGUGUAUGCGUGGUUUUGUCUUUUUCUUUUUUACAUGGAUGAGUAAAUAAGUGGAUAAGUUUAGGUGGAUGAGUGAAUUGGUGUAGGUGGAUGAGUGAAUGGGUGUCAAUGGAUGAGAGAACAAGUCAUUUUUCAUUAUUUUUAUGUGGAUGAAUGAAUAAGUGGAUGAGUGGAUGAGGAGGUGGAUUUUACUGAACUGAGUCAAGAGUUUUAUUUCCUUUAAUUUCACACUCAUCCUCUUAGUGUGUGUGUGUGUGUGUGUGCGUACAAAUCCACAGUGCAUUCUAGUUGUAUACAAAACCGUGUGUGUGUGUGUGUGUGUGUGUGUGUGUGUGUGUGUGUGUGUGUGCUUACAAAUCCACCGCAAAGCAUUCUAGUUGUGUACAAAACCAUGUGUGUGCGUGCGUGUGUGUGUGUGUGUUCCUAUCUUCAAUGUUUUCCUGUCUUCUGUUAUUAUCAUUUACCAUUAUCAUCAUUAUUAUUAUUAUCAUUAUCAUUCUACUGUUGGCCCGUAAGACAUCUAAGGUUUUGGCGAUGGAGGCAACAGCAUUUAUUUUAUAUUUUAUUUCAUUUUAUUUUAUUUUAUUUAUUUUUUGUCCACAUACUUCUUUGGAAAUGCCCUGCGAGACCCAUUUACGGCUGCACGGGAGUUUGAACGCUGAGCUCCUGAAUGUACUGUGCAGAGGAAUUGUUUACUGAGCACAACAGCUGUCAGGAAAUGGAAUAAAACACCCCAUUUUCAGCUAUAUAGGAGUUUGAACGCUGAGCUCUUGAAUGUACUGAGCAGAGGAAUCGCUUUGAGCACAACAGCUGCCAGGAAAUGGAAUAAAACACCCCAUUUUCAGCUGUACGAGAGAUUGAACGCUGAGCUCCUGAAUGUACUGAGCAGAGGAAUCGCUUUGAGCACAACAGGAAAUGGAAUAAAACACCCCAUUUUCAGCUAUAUAGGAGUUUGAACGCUGAGCUCCUGAAUGUACUGAGCAGAGGAAUUGUUUACUGAGCACAACAGCUGUCAGGAAAUGGAAUAAAACACCCCAUUUUCAGCUGUACGAGAGAUUGAACACUGAGCUCCUGAAUGUACUGAGCAGAGGAAUCGCUUUGAGCACAACAGGAAAUGGAAUAAAACACCCCAUUUUCAGCUAUAUAGGAGUUUGAACGCUGAGCUCCAGAAUGUACUGUGCAGAGGAAUAGUUUACUGAGCACAACAGGUGUCAGGAAAUGGAAUCUGACACUCCCUCCCUCAUUCCUUCCCUCAUAAACUCUUCACAAAUUCAUUUUCCCCCGUUCUCAUCACGUGUCCGAACCAUCUCAGUACUGUGAUUAUGAGGAAGAGAAAAUGAGUGAAAAUGAGAGUGAGAAUGGAGAUAAUGAGGAAGGGAAACUGAGGGAGGACUGUGAUUAUGAGGAAGAGAGAAAAUGAGAGAGAGAAUGGAGAUAAUGAGGAAGGACUGUGAUUAUGAGGAAGAGAGAGAAUGGAGAUAAUGAGGAAGGGAAACUGACUGUGAUUAUGAGGAAGAGAGAAAAUGAGUGAAAAUGAGAGAGGACAAAAGUAUAUUAGAUGAUUUUUAUAUAAAGGAACACACAAACCUCUUGGCCAACAGCUCUAUUAUUAUUAUUAUUUUUAUUAUUAUUGUUAUUAUUAUUAUUAUUAUUAUUAUUAUUAUUAUUAUUGUUGUUGUUUUUAUGGUAAUUUAAUGUGUGAUUUUUUUAUAAUCUUUGUACAUACACCUGGUUUUUAUUUCUUAUUUUUUAUACAUAUAAGUCUUGGCAUUUUUAGCAAUAAGGGUAGGUUUCUCUCUCUCUCUCUCUCUCUCUCUCUCUCUCUCUCUCUCUCUCUCUCUCUCUCUCUCUCUCUCUCUCUCUCUCUCUCUCUCUCUCUCU